AACGUUUGUGAGCGUUCAUACGUAGAUAUUAAAAUCGGAAUACACAAUGACGAAUUGAAUGUUACAUUGUUGUAAAGUACCGAUACGGUGAAACCAGAAAGGAGGUUGCGCGAGUGCAAAGUGAAUAGAAAUCUUGUUCUAAAAUUAAUAUUCCACAUUUACUUUUGUUUGUUCAAUGUUUUUAACAUACUUUUAACAAAGUUCCGUUUUUCUUCUUUUUUCUUUCUUCUUAUAUUUUUUAAUUAGUCCUUCGUACUAUAGCUGCGUGAGCAUAGCGAUUUUCUCCGUGAAAAAUAUUGCUACAUUAAUCUUACGUGUCAAUAAUUAUUCGAAAAUCUGCCGUGUCACAUAUCCAGUAUUACUCAUUCACACGUAUAAGACUUAUUCGAAAUAUUGUCAUUUGAUAAAAGAACGGAAUAAAUUAAAAUACAACUGUAUCUCAACAGUAUACCUUGUAAUAAAAUACAUAGAGAUAUCUAUAUAUAUACAUCAAGAAGAAACAUGAGUUUACAGUGGUCCCUGGUUGCCUGUUUCUUAUAUAUAGAAAUGUUAAUUGUAUUAUUGCUAGUAUUACCUAUAAUGUCACCAACAAGAUGGCAAAAAUUUUUCAAAUCACGCUUUGCACAAAGUUUAAGUUAUCAGUCAUCGACUAUAUUUUAUAUAAUAAUUGUAAUAUUAGUCUUAUUUUGGUUGGAUUCUGUCAGAGAGAUAGUUAAGUACUCAACGAUUGGAGAACGUGCUGGAGAACAUGCGCAUUUAGAUGCAGAAAUGCAAGGAAACAUGAAACUUUUCCGAGCGCAAAGAAACUUCUAUAUAUCAGGAUUUUCAUUAUUUUUGAGUAUAGUUAUACAACGUUUGUCAACAUUAAUCUCUACACAAGCUCACCUUUUAGCUCAAAAUGAAGCUGCUAUGAGACAAGCGCAAUCUGCUACAACCACAGCGAGAAGUUUACUUUCUCAGAAACCGAAUGGUGAAAGCGCUCAAAAUGACUCUAAUGAGGCACAUGAUAAAGCUGUUUCAGAAUUGAAAAAUCAAAUUAAGGACUUGCAAGCAAAAAAACUUGAACUUGAGAAUGAGCUAAUAAAAGAAAAGAAAGAUAAAGAAGCUAUCAAAUCACAAGCUGAAUCUUUAACAAAAGAAUAUGAUCGUUUGAGUGCUGAACAUGCAAAAUCCCUACUAUCAAGCGGAGAUAAAAAAAGUGAUUGAGUUGUUGCCCAUUUUUUUUCCCGUUAUCAUUAAUGCCAAAGGCAUAUAAUUCAUUAUCUUACAUAAAUAUUUUUUAUGUUCUAUCCAAUUUCACACCACAUUAUUUUAUUAAUACUAAAACAAUGAUCAAUUUAUUUAUAUUGUUUAUAAAAAACCCUGUAUAUACAUAUUAUUGCUAAUGUAAUAUGCAUUACAAAUACAUUGUUAUAUUAAU